GUAUAGUAAGUGCUAUACAUAUAUUAAUAUCCAUGAAUGUAUAUUGGUUUGACUCAACUCCAACAGUGGUGUGUGUACUGAGUAGUCCAGAGUUAGUUUGUUGAAAGAUAAUGAUAAAAAAACCAACAAUUUUUAUAUUGGAGUAAGCAUUAUAAUUUUAUUUGAUUUCAAUUUAUUAUCACGUAUAAAUCUAUAACAUUAAAAGCUACUAAUAAUGGCUAAAUUUGAAAAGUUGAGAGGAGAUUUCAGCGUUUUACUACAGCAGUGUUUGAGAAAUUCUGAUGUAACAACUUUUCAAAAAAAAUCUGUUGAGGCCUGUCCUAAUGAUACAGAUCGUAAAUCCGCUGUUGAUCAAGCUUUACGUGAUACUUUACUGAUUGUUCUAAAUGAUAGUACAUCAGAAAGUGUUAAUAUUUUUGAAACUUACAUUAAAGUAACAAUAAAUCUUUGUAGAAAAGAUUUAGCGACUACCAGUAUGCCGGUAAUGCUUCUCAGCGAUAUUUUCGAUGCAAUGACAUUAGAUAAAUGUGAACAACUGUUUACCUAUGUUGAGAAUAAUGUUGAAAUUUGGAAGGAAGAUUUGUUUUUCAGUGCUUGUAAAAACAAUUUAUUGCGAAUGUGUAAUGAUUUAUUACGGCGACUAUCUCGAUCACAACAAACAGUAUUUUGUGGCAGAAUUUUAUUAUUUCUUGCAAAAUUUUUCCCCUUUUCUGAAAGAUCUGGGCUUAAUAUUGUUAGUGAAUUUAAUUUAGACAAUCAUACUGAAUAUAAAACUGAAGAAAUUGAUGAUGAUUUAGAAUCAAUGGAAGAGGAAAAAUCGGAAAAUAAAAUACAAAUGGACUAUAAUUUGUAUCGGAAAUUUUGGGCUCUACAGGAUGUUUUUAGAAAUCCCAACCAGUGUUAUAAUAAAGUUCACUGGAAAGUUUUUUCUGCGAAUACCUCCAGCGUACUUUCUGCAUUUUCAUCUUUCAAAUUGGAGGAUCAGCGAACAUGUUCUCUAACUGGAAUCUAUAAAGAAUCUACCGGAGAGAAUACUUAUAAAGAAACUCAUUACUUUGCUAAAUAUCUUACAAAUCAAAAAUUACUUGAACUACAAUUAUCAGAUUCUAACUUUCGACGUUAUGUACUUUUACAAUUUCUCAUUUUAUUUCAAUAUCUUAACAGUACAGUUAAGUUUAAAACUGAAACGCAUGAGUUAAAAUCGGACCAAAUAGAGUGGGUAAAAACAACAACAGAACAAAUAUAUGUUUUAUUAGUCGAAACUCCACCAGAUGGUAAAGUUUUUACAGAGAUUGUAAAAAAUAUUUUAAAACGAGAAGAAUAUUGGAAUGCUUGGAAAAAUGAUGGUUGUCCAGCUUUUAAAAGACCGUUACAUAUUUCUAGUGAAAACGAUGAACCAAGAAAAUUAAAAAAACUCAAACGACAAAUGGGUGAUGUUAUUCGCGAUGCACAAUUCGUCGGAAAAUUUAAUAUGGGCAAUUCUGAGCUCACUAAACUAUGGAAUUUAUGUCCUAAUAAUUUAGAAGCUUGUAAAUCCAAAGAUAGAGAUUUUUUACCAUCAUUAGAAGUAUAUUUUGAAGAAGCCAUUAUGCAGUUAGAUCCUGCAGCUAUGGUUGAAGAUGAAUACAAGAAAGUGAAUGAUGGUAAUUUUGGUUGGAGGGCAUUGAGAUUAUUAGCUAGAAGAAGUCCUCAUUUUUUUGUUCAUGGAAACAAUCCUAUUAACAAAUUACCAGAAUAUUUGGAAACUAUGAUUAAAAAAAUUGCUAAAGACCGACCACUUCAAUCAGACGUUAAAAUGGAAGCUGAUGAAACUCCUCCUCCAGAAUCAAAUGAACAUGAGUUCAAUGAAGAUGUUUUGAAGCAAGAAUCAGAACCAGUAGAUUGCGAAAAUUCCAAUGCUAAAACUGGUAAAUUGAAUUUUGUUACUGUAGAAAUGAUUGAACAACUUUCAGAAGUAUUAAAAAACAAUUGGGAAAAAUUAGCUUCAAAACUAGGAUAUGCUGCAGAUGAGAUUGAUUUCUUUCGUGGAAAACCUACCCAAUAUGAGCAAUGUAAAACUAUGUUGGAUAUUUGGGUAGAUGCUGAUGAAGACGCUUCUGUAGAGAAUUUAGCGUACAUUUUGGAAGGGCUGGAUUUUCACGAAGCACUUGGUUUAUUGAAGCCAUAAAAUAAUCUUUCUGACUAUUUAUUAUUCUGAAUUUUAUAUAUUUUCCAUUUUAUAAACAAUAUGACGUUAAAUACAUAAAUUAAUGUCCAUUCAUAUUAAUUUGCA